AUGAACCUCAUGGACAUCAACAAGAUCUUCUCCCUCCUGCAGCCGGACAAGGAGGAGGAGGGCACAGACACUGGGGAGAAGCUGGCUCUCAACCAGGCAGUAUAUAACAAUGACUUCCAGACACUGGACCUGCUUUUGUGCCAGGAACGUUACAAACGUUUUAUAAACAGCAGGAGUGGCUGGGGUGUUCCUGGUACACCCUUACGUUUGGCCGCAGCUUAUGGCCACCUGAGCUGUUUGCAGGUCCUCCUGGCACAUGGUGCUGAUGUCGACAGCCUGGAUGUCAAGGCACAAACACCUCUUUUUACUGCUGUCAGUCAUGGCCACGUGGACUGUGUGCGUGUGCUUUUGGAAGCUGGAGCUUGUCCUGGUGGUAGUAUCUACAACAACUGCUCUCCCGUGCUCACAGCUGCCCGUGAUGGUGCCAUCACCAUCCUAGAGGAGCUCCUAGGCCAUGGAGCAGAGGUCAAUGUCAAGGCUAAACUACCAGUCUGGGCAUCAAACGUAGCUUCAUGUUCUGGUCCCCUAUAUUUGGCUGCAGUCUAUGGGCACCUUGACUGUUUCCGUCUGCUUUUGCUCCAUGGGGCAAACCCUGACUACAACUGCACAGAUCAGUACCUUUUGGCCCAUGUCCCACAGCCUCGCACCCUUCUUGAAAUCUGUCUUCACCAUAAUUGUGAACCAGAGUACAUCCAGCUGUUAAUUGAUUUUGGUGCUAACAUCUACCUUCCAUCUCUCUCUUUGGACCUGACCUCACAAGAUGAUAAAGGUGUUGCACUGCUGCUACAGGCCCGAGCUACCCCACGGUCACUACUAUCACAAGCCCGUUUAGUAAUCUGCAGAGCCCUGUGCCAAGCUGGCAAGCCACACGCCACCAACCAGCUGGAUAUUCCCCCUAUGUUGAUCAGCUACCUCAAACACCAACUGUAA